AUGGUGAAGAGACAUUCUAAUAAUGAUCUUCAAGAUGAAAAUAAAAGGCGAGGGAAGCGUAAGGUAGAUUGGGAUUCGGUUCCCUUAUUCUUUGAUGAAGAAUCUAGUUCUGAAAGUGAAGAUGCGUAUGAGAUAUCUGGCUUGCAGGAAGAAGGAAAGGAAGAAGAGGAAGGUUUAGAAUGGGAGGAGGUUCCAUUGGAUGGAUCCAUAUCAUUAACUAUGGAAAGACCCAUUGAAUUUGAUUGUCAUGGGAAGAAGAAGAGAAAGAAGAAACCAUUUCCAUAUCAUCGACUAAAAUUUGGUGUUCAUCUUAUUGUAAUGCCCUUUCUUCUUGCAACUUUAAAGCAAAGAUUUGAAUGGACAAAGGAUGAACGAUUAAACAGAAGAUUAAGAAGAAGUGUUCCCAAAAUGAUUCAUAAGAAGUUUGACAAAUGGAGUAAGGAGAAGAAGCCUGAAAAGAGAUCGAAGUCUAUAAGAACGCUAUUAAUAGGGUUAGUGCUGUGGUUCCGGAAUCAUUAUCAAAUAAAUAGCAAUGGGUUCCGCCAAAAUUUCAAUAGGCUUCAAUAUUUGGUUAAAUAUAGAGACGAGCAAGAUGAGCUAUAUAAAUAUAUUCUGGAGAAUCCGAAUAUUUUCUAUGGUUCACGCCCUUCAUUGAAGAACGAUAUAGAUGAUGUGCGAUUGAUGGCGAAGAAGAAGAUGACUACGAGAGAUAUUUUAGUAAUUUUUUUCUUUAUUAUAUUAAAGAACAUGUUAUCACUAGAUUGUCACAUUGCGUUAUGCUUUGCCCUACCAUUACCUGAUUAUGAAGUUUCGUGUUCUAAUGUUAAAUGGCAAAUGGAAAAUAAAGUGGCUGUAGUUCCCAAUAAGUAUGAUUCUGAUCUAUUGAAACCUUAUUUCUGGAUUGAAUUGACAUUACCAGGGAAUGAUGAUGAAGUUUACGUUAUAGACCCUGUUGUUCAUUUAAAUGAGAGGGAAAUGGUAGCCAAAUAUAAAAUUAAUGAAGCUAUCUCUAAUUUUACUCCAUCCAAUGAUUUAAAAAUAAAUAUGAAUCAAAGAUUUCGUUACGUGGUUAGUAUCGAUACCACCUCUGGGAUUAUAAGUGAUUUCUCCCCACGAUACAUCAAGAAUCUUUGCUACCGUUAUUUCGAUGAGGCGCAAAGUGAUAGAACAUCCAAGAAUUGCAAAUCAUAUUAUUUUUUCAAAAAGCUUUUAAAUAGAGUCAAUAAGGGUGUUAACAAUGCAAGUUGUUCGCAAUUAAUGAAGUUAGUAGCUCAAAAGAAUUUUCAGCUUCCAGAAUCACUUAGUGCGUUGAAGAAGUCUGAUAAUUUUAUUGUCCCGAGUUUGCUGAGAAGUACAGAGAUAAUUAGUUCCGAUGCACAACCCAUCUCAUAUCUUACACAUACGAAUGUGAAUUCUGGGAAGAAGACGAGGGAACCGAUAUUUUGGAAGUCGGCCGUGUUACGACUCAAGAGUAGACAACAUUGGGCAAUUUUAAGCCGGUCAAUAAGAGAAGACGUAAAACCUUUGAAAUGGAAGAAACACAUCCCGCUAAAGAAUAGACGAUUAUUAAAGAUGGAACGAUAUGAGAUCAAGGAAUUAUAUUCGUUUGAUCAAACUAUCCCUACUCCCAAGUUAAGCAAUGAAUAUAGGGCACCAGAUGGGACGACCAAGAAGAUUACCGAUCCUAAUUUUUACAGGAAUAAGUUUAAACAUGUGGAAAUAUAUUCCGAGAGAGUAAAACCUGAUGGUUUUGUGUUUGUUUAUCUGCACGAGGAAUAUGACGUGAAAGUUAUCAUCAAUCGUUUUAAUAAAAUGGCCAAGAAGGCUAGACAUUUGGAAGAGACUAUCAAAUAUGUUGAAGUAGUCGAUGGCUUCGAUUUCAAACAGAGACCAGGUUAUGCUGUCCCCAUUAUCAACAAACUCAUGAUCAAUGCAGACGAUUCAUCCAAAGUGGAUUCUUUGAUUGAUGCAGAAAAUGAAAGAACUGGGCUUUCCAUGUGGGCCCAACUUUUGAAGAAAAUGCAACUAAAGCAAACACUAAACCUACGAUACGGGGAUGCUGAUAAUGACAAGAGUGGUAAUUGA